GAGUCAGUCGGACUCGCCUUAAAGCCGUUCCUCACGACUCUGUGAUUUUCACCCCUCCUGUGUUUGAACACUCAAGCCCAGACUCUCUGGUUAAUCCGGAUCGAGCGCCAGCGCCAUCAGCAAAUGGGAUGCAAAUUCUGAUGGAGGUACGGAGGUGUGACUCCUGCAGCCGUCGCCGCUUCCAGGCGUGCGAGCCCCACCUGGACUCUGAGGGUGGGACCCGAGCGGGGCAGGUCAGAGAGGAAGGAACGAGUCUGGGUGCAGGUUUCUGUUUUCUGUUGCUGCGAAGGCAAAACAAUCCAGCCUUCGAACGCAUGACCUCACCACCUCCGUUUUACCUGGCGCUGGCAGUGACAGGAGCACAUAGGGCAAGAUAGGAGCUGCAUGGCGACACACUGAGAAAACUCUACACCAAAGAUUUUGAGAGGUCAAAAGGGAACGAACCGCCACAUCGAGAGAGAAUUGAUCAAGAAAGGCCGACUGUGGAUUACUAAAACCAUCAUGGCUGUUUCUUAUACGACGCAUACGUCUCUCUUCCCACUUGUCUUCCUCGUCUGUGCCCCACUCGCAUGCCAGUCCCAAAACACCACAAUAAGCUCCAUAACCACUCCCUCAAACAUUACCUACCUGAUGGGUGUGCGAGGCUGUGGAACCGGACUGAAUCCAGAGUACAGGUACCUGUGUGACCGCCGGGCGGCAUGGGGCAUAGUCCUGGAGACCCUUGCCUCUGCAGGCUUCCUGUUGAGUAUAGGUCUCUUUUUGGGCCUGCUGCUCUGGGCCUUGUGCACCUGCGUGUCUUCUCGGCACGGCCGCAGCGGCACAGUUGGGGGCUCAAUACUCUCCGUGUCCAUGUUCCUCCUGGCCACAGCUGGCAUCUUCGCCAUCACCUUCUCCUUCAUCAUCGGCCUCACCCCCCAGACCUGCCCCACCAGGGUCUUCCUCUUCGGGGUGCUCUUCGCGCUGGCCUUCUCCUGCCUGCUGGCUCGCUGCCUCGCAAUGCUGGGCUUCGCUGCCGCUCGAGGCUGGGGGGAACCGGGCGUGGCCCUGGGGCUCUUUGCCGUCCAGGUCAUCAUCUCCACAGAGUGGCUUAUCAUCGUCCUGGUGCGGGACCAGAAACCCUGCCAGUACAGCCAAAAGGAGUUUGCCAUGCUGCAGAUCUACGUGCUGUGCCUCUUGCUGAUCAGUCUGAUUCUGUCCAUGCAAAUUCUGUGCCGCUCCUGCUUCACGUACAGCUACAGCUACACGGGACCCACCAACCAGCAGUGGAGGGCUCAGGCCGCGACCCUCUGCGUCACCCUGCUGCUCUCAGCCUGCAUCUGGGUGGUGUGGAUCGCCAUGCUGACCAGGGGGAACCCCGAGGUGGACCGCCGGCCGGUCUGGGACGACCCGGUGCUGAGCAUCGCCUUGGUCGCAAACGGCUGGGUGUUGGUGAUCGGGCACGGCCUGUCCCAGGUCGCCUUCUUCUGCAGGGGGGAGGCCACAGCGCAGGAAGUUCCUCUAAACUUUGUAGGCUGGACCAGCCCCAGCGCCGACAUCCCCGGACUGGGAAGCCAGAAGGAAGGAAAGGAAAACGGAAGCUUCGAGACGGACGGCGAGAACAAGAGAGGCAGGAGAGCUGAGCCAGCGCUGCGAUCCCCCUACGAGUCAGGCUUCUCCAUGACGGAGAUUGACCCCAACAAGGACUACACCAUCCCUCGCCCUCAGACCACCAACUUCAAUGAACCCUAUGAUGAAUACUACGGAGAAGAAUAAAGAGGCAUCACGGCUCACCAGUGCACACGCAGGAAAUCCGCCGCAAGACCAAAAGGACACGGACGUUUGAAUGUGCGAAUGUAAAUAUUGUUGGUGCUUUGUUUCAUAAGAUGAAAUGCUUCCGUGAGUGAAAUGGGAAUCGGCUGUCUGACACGCCGAGCUCGGACGGAGAGCAGAGGGAGUGAGUCUCUGUGGUUAUGUGCGGUCAUGGUCUGUUCUGAUCAUAGAUGUAUAUAAAAGCCCCUUUGUCACCCCGAGGUGACAAAGGAGGCGUGAAACCAUCGCAACGAAAGUGCCAAGAGCUGCCGAGGAGAGCGGGUCAUCAGAGAGGACAAAGGUCAGCGGAUGAGAUGAAAACGUUAGGUGGGACCUGAAAGACGAGGCGAGACGAGACAAAAAGGACGUCAGGACGGGACUGAGUGUGCUAUCGGCAAGUUGCUUCCUCUCGUUGAGAUUCAGUUCUGCUGUUCUGUGGUUGUUCCUGCACAAGGUAGCUCAAGUAGACGUGCACAGAUUGCAUUUUUAAAAAGCCUGACCUGUUGAUACAUCUUUUUCUUUCCUUUUUUUUUUGACUGAAAGUUGCCAAAGUCACUAACUUGACAACGGUGGGGUGGCUACUGUUUACUGGUGGAUGAGAUCGGUUUCACGUACGCCGUCCGUUUGGCAGAUUCCCAAAAUUCAGAAAAUUGGGGAAGAUUUCAGAGCUAAGUCCUGGAAUUAAUAUUACACAGACGGAUGUCUAUCAAUGAGUUGCAAUUUCUAUAGAAACUGGAGUAAACUGGAGUAAACAAAGGUGUAUCAAACAUUUUGUCAAUAAAAAGUUCUU